AAAUAAUUUUUGCGCCUUUGGCUUUUGUUGAAGAGGGAAACUUUCCAGAGGAGUCUCGCUGCGACAAAGAAAGGUGCUGAGGACUAUUUAGAAAAAGAAAAGGAACCCUGACCUGACCCCCCCCCAACACACACCAGGUAUGGCCGCGGUCUUGCCGAGGACGCUGGGUGAGCUCCAGCUCUACCGGAUCCUGCAGCGAGCCAACCUUCUCUACUACUAUGAAGCCUUCAUCCAGCAGGGCGGUGACGAUGUGCAGCAGCUGUGCGAGGCCGGUGAGGAGGAGUUCCUGGAGAUCAUGGCACUGGUCGGUAUGGCCAGUAAGCCAUUGCACGUACGCCGCUUGCAGAAAGCGCUACGCGACUGGGUCACCAACCCGGCCAUCUUCAACCAGCCCCUGACCUCACUGCCGGUCUGCAGCAUCCCUGUCUACAAGCUGCCUGAAGGCUCCCCGACAUUACUGAGUCCCCAGGACCGGGCCAAUACAUCCAGCACCAAGAUGACCAAAGCGGUCGCGACCUGCUCCGACGCAGGAAAGCUGGACGUGGCCCGGGACAAAGUGUCCGUAGGGUCUCCCCUCCAGGGAAAUAGCGAAGCUCGGUUCUGGUCGGGACACAGCAACGAUAGCGAGCACAGCCUUUCCCCCUCUGACCUGGGCUCGCCGUCCUCACCCAGAGAAGUGAUGGAGGCUCUGGAUGCGGCUGCCGUGCAGUCGGUCCUAGAGUGCGUGGACAGGAUGGCACCAGGACUUGCCAAGGCGGACAUCGCUGAUGUCAAAGAGCAGCUCAAGAGCAACAAGAAACUGGCAAAGAUGGUCGGACACAUCUUUGACCUGAGCGACGAGGAUCCGCGGAGGGAGGAGGAGAUUCGCAAAUACAGCGCCAUCUACGGACGCUUCGAUUCAAAGAGGAGGGACGGCAAACACCUGACACUCCACGAGCUGACGGUGAACGAGGCAGCAGCCCAGCUCUGCAUGAGGGACACUGCCCUGCUGACCCGCCGCGAUGAGCUCUUCGGACUCGCCCGGCAGAUCUCUAGAGAGGUCACCUAUAAGUACACCUACCGCACCAGCAAGUCUCGCUGUGGAGAUGAGCCCUCUCCUAAAAGAAUUAAAACUGAGGAGAACUUCUUUGACAUCCAGGAGGCGCUGCAGGCCAUUCACAUGAGGCAGGAGAUGCUGCGGGAGCAGCUGGCCUGCGCUAAGUCCAAAGGAGACGAAAGCAUCGGACGGAAUCUGCAGAUGCAGCUGGAGCGUCUGCUGGCGAGGCAGAUGGAGAUCCUGCAGGAUGCGGCGGUGCAGGAGCGGCUUCAGGCUCUGGACUGGAGGAUCCCCCCCGCCGCCUUGAAGUACCUGACUGACGCCCAGAACACCAACGGGGCCGCGGGUGACGCCAGCAGAGAGACCCAGGAUGAGCGACCCAUGAACCUGCGAGUUGUCAGUCAAACCAUGCAGGAAGGUGACCUCCCGCUGGGCAAACAGCUGGCCAACGAGCUGAAACGUCAUCACAACCACAACAGCAGCACAGAAGAGACCAAAACAGCAGCGACAGAAAACGGGACUUCCCAGCGAGCGUCCAGCAGCACAGACAAAAAGACCAUCAAGUCGGAACCGGAAGACUCCACAUAGUGCCUCCCGCUCGCUCCGCCCCCACGUCUCAUCGUAGUAUGCAGUAUUCAGCGUCACUAGGAACUAAGCGAGCACAGUCACAGUAGAGCCUUAACAACCAACGUUGCCUCAUGAAGAGUAUUUAUUUUUCCUGGGUUCGUGUCAGUGCCGACGCAUCAGAGCGAUGCUCGGCGGGUCUCCACUCGAAGCACGUUUGGACACACUUACCUCUCUGAACAUUUUCUUAUUUUUUUGCUCUGCCGAUCUGUCCUUCUAAAUCCAACAUCAGUGUCUCCGUUUGUGCUGGAAACAAAAACAGUCCCAGUUAGACUGAGAGCGAGCAUUAGGUUCCUUAUUUUAGGGUCUGGAUGACUCCACCGCUUUAGUCUGGUGUAUAUUUAUGUGAGGUCUUUUUUUUUUGUAGUACUAUUACACACCCGAACCUUGUGGGGGGGUUUCCGGUAACUGCUGGUGAUCCAGAAGGACACACCUGCAAGCAGAAUAUCCCCCGACUGAAGAUGUGACGCUUCACCAGAAAUCCCUUUCAGGCAGCGUGUGUGUGUGUGUGUGUGUGUGUGUGUGUGUGUGUGUGUGUGUGUGUGUGUGUGUGUGUGUGUGUGUGUGUGUGUGUGUGUGUGUGUGUGUGUGUGUGUGUGUGUGUGUGUGUGUGUGUUCUUCUAUCUCUACCCUUCUUGAGUUAAGGACCGAAAUCAUGGUCCCAAUACGGAAAAAACAUUGCAUCUGCUAGAGAGCCAAAUACUAGAGUCCGUGAACAUUGCUCCAAAGUCAGGAUUUUUUUUGUUUGUUGUUGAUUUAAUGCGCACACAAAAGUAAACAUUGACAGGUGCAAAGGCAGGAAUAUAUCAAUCAAUCAAUCAAUGUUUAUUUAUAUAGCCCUAAUAUCACAAGUGUCUCAAAGGGCUGCACAAGCCACGACGACAUCCUCGGUACAGAGCCCAUAUAAGGGCAAGGAUAUACUCACAACCCAGUGGGACGUCAAUGUGGAGAGGACCGCAGAUGUGGGUGCCCCCCCCCCCCCCGCCCCCCCACCCCUGGAGUGGGUCUGACAUAAUAUUGUGAAAGUCCAGUCCACAGUGGAGCUAACAUAAUAGUGAGAGUCCAGUCCAUAGUGGAUCUAACAUAAUAUUGUGAGAGUCCAGUCCAUAGUGGAUCUAACAUAAUAUUGUGAGAGUCCAGUCCAUAGUGGAUCUAACAUAAUAGUGAGAGAGUCCAGUCCACAGUGGAGCUAACAUAAUAGUGAGAGUCCAGUCCAUAGUGGAUCUAACAUAAUAGUGAGAGUCCAGUCCAUAGUAGAUCUAACAUAAUAGUGUGAGAGUCCAGUCCAUAGUGGAUCUAACAUAAUAGUGUGAGAGUCCAGUCCAUAGUGGAUCUAACAUAAUAGUGAGAGUCCAGUCCAUAGUGGAUCUAACAUAAUAGUGAGAGUCCAGUCCAUAGUGGAUCUAACAUAAUAGUGAGAGUCCAGUCCAUUGUGGAUCUAACAUAAUAGUGAGAGUCCAGUCCAUAGUGGAUCUAACAUAAUAGUGAGUGUCCAGUCCAUUGUGGAUCUAACAUAAUAGUGAGAGUCCAGUCCAUAGUGGGAGAAUCCCAAGCGGAGACGGGUGAGCAGCGCAGAGAUGUCCCCAACCGAUGCACAGGCAAGUGGUCCACCACGGGUCCCGACUCUGGUCAGCCGACUCUGGUAAACCGACUCUGUGCCCCCCCCCUCCACAAGGGAGAGGGGGGCAGAGGAGAUAAGAAAAGAAACGGCAGAUCAACUGGUCUAAAAAGGGGGUCUAUUUAAAGCAGGGGUCCCCAAACUUUUUGACUCGGGGGCCGCAUUGGGUUAAAACAAUUUGGCUGGGGGCCGGGCUGUAUAUACACUACCGUUCAAAAGUUUGGGGUCACCCAAACAAUUUUGUGGAAUAGCCUUCAUUUCUAAGAACAAGAAUAGACUGUCGAGUUUCAGAUGAAAGUUCUCUUUUUCUGGCCAUUUUGAGCGUUUAAUUGACCCCACAAAUGUGAUGCUCCAGAAACUCAAUCUGCUCAAAGGAAGGUCAGUUUUGUAGCUUCUGUAACGAGCUAAACUGUUUUCAGAUGUGUGAACAUGAUUGCACAAGGGUUUUCUAAUCAUCAAUUAGCCUUCUGAGCCAAUGAGCAAACACAUUGUACCAUUAGAACAUUGGAGUGAUAGUCGCUGGAAAUGGGCCUCUAUACACCUAUGUAGAUGUUGCACCAAAAACCAGACAUUUGCAGCUAGAAUAGUCAUUUAAAACAUUAGCAAUGUAUAGAGUGUAUUUCUUUAAAGUUAAGACUAGUUUAAAGUUAUCUUCAUUGACAAGUACAGUGCUUUUCCUUCAAAAAUAAGGACAUUUCAAUGUGACCCCAAACUUUUGAAUGGUAGUGUAUGUAUAUAUAUAUAUAGAUAGAUAGAUAGAUAGAUAGAUAGAUAGAUAG